AUGUGGGAAAUCAAGAGGGCACGCGAGGAAGUACCUAUCGAGGUCGGAAGUCGCCAGGAUCGUGGUACCGAUCGUCUUCACGUCAACCUUCAUUUGCUUAUUCUUGGUGUACCUGAUGCUCAGAAUAUGGUGAAAUUGGAGGAAGGUGGAGGUUUCUUGCUAUGGAAAUGGCGCUGUGAAGAAAAACGGAGAAGAUGGAGGUUACCCGGCCUCACCGGUGCACGACCAAGAAGCGGCCGAAGAGGCGGCGAUGCCGUGGUCUACGACUGCUCCCUAAAGAUCGACGCCAGGGCCCGAGAAAUCAACGGGCUUACCGCCAAUCAUAGCCGCGUCUGGCCGUAA